AUCAAUUUUCUCUCUCACGCACGCAACGCGCUUGCAACUGCGUCAUGGCCGAUCGCGAGCGGCACCCGAUGGAAGCCGCGAAGGAUCUGAUUCCGGAGAAGGGCCCAACGGCCACCCAGGCGCUGACGGUGGCCAUCAUGUUCCCCCUCGGCGGCCUCCUCCUCACCCUCGCGGGCCUCACGCUAACCGGCUCCGUCAUCGGCCUUGUCGUCCUUGCCCCGGUGUUCCUCCUCUUCAGCCCCGUUCUGGUGCCCGCGGCGCUGCUGAUGGCGCUAGCGGUAACGGGUUUCCUUGCGUCGGGCGCCUUCGGACUCACCGGGCUGUCGUCGCUGGGGUACACCCUGAAGCAGGCAAGGGGGGUGGUGCAGCGGGCGCCGGAACAGAUCGACUACGGCAAACGGCGUAUGGCGGAGGCUGCCGGGCAGAUGGGACAGAAGACCAAGGAUGUGGGACAGGCCGCGCAGAGCCGGGCGGAGGAGGCGAAGAGGACGUGAGGAGGCACCGGCGGAGGGGCUUCUUCCAGUGGGCUUCUGAGUGGUUUUGCAUGCGUUCGCUUCCUAUGUUGGAGUCUAAGGGACGUAUGCAGCGUUGAUGCUAAGAUACUAUCUGCUGUUAAUGUCAAUUUAGGAACUGGAUGAUGUGAGCUUAAUGUUUGUUUA